ACGUUUUGUUCCUCGUUCAGUUGCUCACGGACUCUUGCGCGGUGUUCAACUGUGCUAUAAUAGUACAUUUAACUGACUGGUCAUAUUAACUUACGUCAACUUCGAAGUACAAAAAAACAACAUGCCAGCUGAAAAAUACGCGAAAGCUGAACCAGAGCUCAAAGCUGAAUUGAAAAAAAUCGCUGAGACGAUUGUGGCACCCGGCAAGGGCAUCCUUGCAGCUGAUGAAUCAACGGCGACAAUCGGCAAACGUCUUCAGGACAUUAAUGUAGAAAAUAAUGAAGCUAACCGAAAAGCAUACAGACAGUUGCUCUUCACCACAGCAAAGGACGUGAUUACAAACCACAUCUCUGGUGUCAUUCUUUUCCAUGAGACUCUUUAUCAGAGCUCUGAUGACGGUAAACCCUUCGUGGAACUUUUAAAAGAACGCAACAUCAUACCUGGAAUAAAGGUUGACAAAGGUGUUGUUCCCCUCUUCGGUACUGACGAUGAAUGCACCACUCAGGGUCUCGAUGAUCUCCAGGCUCGUUGCAUACAGUACAAGAAGGACGGUUGUCACUUCGCCAAAUGGCGCUGCGUUCUCAAGAUCAAGGGAAAGACUCAUCCAAGCAGACUAGCUAUUCUUGAAAAUGCUAAUGUGCUUGCACGUUAUGCUUCCAUCUGUCAAAGUGCUAGGAUUGUACCAAUUGUUGAACCUGAGAUCCUCCCCGAUGGUGAUCAUGAUCUAGCUCGUUGCCAGGAGGUUACUGAAGAGGUUCUCGCUGCUGUUUACAAAGCACUCAAUGACCAUCAUGUUUACUUGGAGGGAACACUACUCAAACCCAAUAUGGUAACGCCAGGACAGAGCUGUCCAAAGCGGGCCUCCCCUGCUGAAAUUGCUGUUGCUACGGUAACAGCUCUACAACGCACUGUACCACCUGCAGUUCCUGGCAUCACCUUCCUCAGUGGUGGACAGUCCGAGGAGGAGGCUUCAGUUAAUCUUGACGCCAUUAACAAGGUUCCCGGCAAGAAACCCUGGGCACUCACUUUCAGUUAUGGACGUGCUCUACAAGCCUCCGUCCUCCGAGCAUGGUCUGGAAAACCUGACCAAAUUGCCGCUGCUCAAGAUGAACUCAUUAAGAGAGCCAAGGCUAAUAGCGAAUCGGCUCUUGGAAAAUAUGCAGGAGGAGUCGCCGGAGCGGCAGGUGAUGCAGCAUUGUUUGUAGCAAAUCACGCUUAUUAAGAAAAAAAAAAAACGUAUUUAUCAAAGUUUAUUCGCUAUAGCUGUUCGACCAUACUUUAUACAUCAAACGAUGAAAUACGCAUGCCUAUGGCAUAGGUGUAACACAAAAACCAUUUUUCUCGACUUUCUGAUGGAAGCCAAAGAGUUAAAAAUUGUUUAAACACAAUUGUGAAAUAUUCUUGUUGAAUCGCUGACAGACGCAGAUGAGAAAUAGGGAAAAUGAAAAAUUAAUAAAUAUUGUCUUUUUCGUUUUGUGAAGUAAUAAUAAAAAUGAAUGAUACGCAUAUUUAUGACCUUUGGAUGUAUCAUUAACUGUCAUUAGUGAGUAUUGUUGUGCACGUAUUGGAAAAUAUAAAAAAAAGAUUUAAAAAUUUAAAAAACGUCUUAAUAGUGAAAAUUGUAGUUAAAACCAGCUGAUUAGAUGAUGAAAAUAAUGCAAUGUUGAUUAUUUUACGACAAAUAUCUCGGACAUCAAUGCUGCAUCUAAUAUUUUCCCUGUACUCCGAUUUAAUAAAUAACACUGGAGAUUGAAUAAA